GGUGCGGGCGCUCCGCGGGGCGCUGAGCGGACGCGGAGCGGCGCGGGGCGCGCCAUGGCCGCCAAGGACAACCCGUGCAGGAAGUUCCAGGCCAACAUCUUCAACAAGAGCAAGUGCCAGAACUGCUUCAAGCCCCGCGAGUCCCACCUGCUCAACGACGAGGAUCUCAACCAGGCCAAACCCAUUUACGGUGGCUGGCUGCUGCUGGCCCCUGAAGGAACGGACUUUGACAAUCCUGUCCAUCGCUCUCGGAAAUGGCAGCGCCGAUUCUUCAUCCUCUACGAGCACGGGUUGCUGCGCUACGCCCUCGACGAGAUGCCGACGACGCUCCCACAGGGCACCAUCAACAUGAACCAGUGCACGGAUGUGGUGGACGGGGAGAGCCGCACAGGGCAGAAAUUCUCCUUAUGCAUCCUAACGCCAGAGAAAGAGCACUUCAUCCGGGCUGAGAACAAGGAGAUCAUCAGCGGGUGGCUGGAGAUGCUGAUAGUCUACCCAAGGACGAACAAGCAGAACCAGAAGAAGAAGAGGAAGGUAGAGCCUCCAACUCCACAGGAGCCUGGCCCUGCGAAGAUGGCUGUGACCAGCAGCAACAUCCCCAGUGCUGAGAAGGUCCCCACCACCAAGUCUACAUUGUGGCAGGAGGAAAUGAGGGGCAAAGAGCCAGCAGACACGAGCAGCAGCAUCAGCCCAGCACAGAGCCCGGUGCAGGGGGCUGCCAGUUCCCUGAAGGAUCCCAUAUUGGACAGCAAGGAAGACGAGAGCUCCAUGAAUGGGGACCGGAUAGACUGUGGGCGGAAGACUCGUGUUGAGAGCGGCUACUUCUCCUUGGAGAAGACCAAGCAAGACUCGAAGCUGGAAGAGCAGCAGCUGCCUCCACCACCGAGCCCACCCAGCCCCAGCACCCCAAACAACAGGUACAGUUAUCCCAAAUCGCCCUCACAGGAGCAUGCCCAGCCCUUUCCUUCCCCAGGUACCCGAUCAGGCGACCGAGUGAUUCACAGCUUUUCUCUGAACUCCUUGGACUCGAAGAGCAGUUGCCCCAUGCACAAGGACUCCAGCAGAGAUGUAGGAAAGGGAGCUGAAAAAUCGGGGCGUCCCCUUUCUUUUAAAGCCAGCCGGCAGUACACAACCCUGGCCGACGUUCCCAAGGCCGUUAGGAUCAGUAAUCGUGAGGCCUUCCAGGUGGAGAGGAAGCGGCUGGAGCGGAGAACCCGGGCACGUAGCCCUGGGAGAGAAGAAGUGGCCCGGCUGUUUGGCAAUGAGAGAAGGCGAUCUCAGGUAAUUGAGAAAUUUGAGGCAUUAGACAUCGAGAAUGCAGAGCACAUGGAGACGAACGUGCCAGCAGGAGCUGCCCUGUCCAGCGAGACGCGGCAGGGCAGGAGUGAGAAGAGGGUCUUCCCAAGGAAACGGGACUUCACGUGCGAAGGGACAGCCAUGGGCUCCAUCCUGGACGUGUCUGCAUCUCCGCUGUCCCCACACCGCCGGGCCAAGUCACUGGACAGAAGGUCCACAGAGUCCUCCAUGACGCCUGAUUUGCUGAACUUCAAGAAGGGCUGGCUGACAAAGCAGUAUGAAGAUGGGCAGUGGAAGAAGCACUGGUUUGUGCUGACUGACCAAAGCCUGAGAUACUACCGGGAUUCGGUGGCAGAGGAGGCUGCAGACCUGGAUGGAGAAAUUGAUUUAUCAACGUGCUACGAUGUCACUGAGUACCCGGUUCAGCGGAACUAUGGCUUCCAGAUCCAUACGAAGGAAGGGGAGUUCACCCUUUCUGCCAUGACGUCUGGCAUCCGUCGCAACUGGAUUCAGACCAUCAUGAAGCACGUUCGCCCCACCACUGCGCCUGAUGUAACGAGCUCCCUACCAGAGGAGAAAAGCAAAACAAGCUCAUCCUUUGAGCCCAGCCCAAAGCCCAGCGAGAAGCAGGACGCGGAGCAAACAGAGCUGGACUCGGAGCAGAAGCGGAGCCGUGCACGGGAGCGCCGGCGAGAAGGAAGAUCCAAGACCUUUGACUGGGCUGAGUUCCGCCCCAUCCAGCAAGCCUUGGCUCAGGAGCGUGCCAACGCCGCCGACUCCUCCAAGAGUGGCACCGCUGCCUUCUCCAGGGACAGCAGCACCGCCGACACCGACCCAGGAGAGCUGGAGCGGGAGCGGGCCCGGCGGCGCGAGGAGCGGCGCAAACGCUUUGAGAUGGUCGACACGGUGGAUGGAGCAGGGCCAGAGGAGACACUGAGGAUGGAGGUGGAUCGGAUCCUGCCUGUCCCCUCGGACAUCAAACCGCAGAACGUCCACGUGGAGAUUGAGCAGCGGUGGCACCAGGUGGAGACCACCCCGCUGCGGGAGGAGAAGCAGAUCCCCAUCGCUCCCCUGCACCUCGCUCACGCUGAGGACCGGGAUGAGGGGCUGGCAAAGCAGCACCUGACCACACUGCUGGAGAAGGAGCUGGAGCAGAAACAGAAAGAGGCCCUGGAGCUCCUGGAACAGAACCGACACCUGCAGGACCAGCUGAAAGUGGCACUGGGUCGGGAGCAGAGUGCCCGUGAGGGCUACGUGUUGCAGACCGAGGUGGCCGCCUCGCCGUCAGGUGCCUGGCAGAGGCUCCACAAAGUCAACCAAGACCUCCAAAACGAGCUGGAAGCGCAAUGCCAGCGUCAAGAGCUGAUCAAUCAGCAGAUCCAGUCGCUGAAGCGCAGCUAUGCCGAGGCUAAGGACGUCAUCCGGCACCACGAAGCUGAGAUUCAGAGCCUGCAGGCGAGGCUCAGCAACGCGGCAGCCGAGCUCUCCAUCAAGGAGCAGACCCUGGCCAAGCUCAGGAGCGACCUGAGGAGCGAGAAGGAGAAGGCCAAGGAGCAGCUGGAGGAGUGGCAGCAUGGCGAGGCUGCGCUCAGCUCCCAGCUGAAGGCCAGUGAGCAGAAGCUAAAGAAUGCUGAGGCUCUGCUCCUGGAGAAGACCCAGGAGCUGCGGGACCUGGAAAUGCAGCAGGCUCUGCAGAGGGACCACCAGAAGGAGGUGCAGCGGCUGCAGGACAGGAUCGCCGAGCUGAGCAGGCAGCUGAAUGCCAGCGAGCAGACGCGCAUCCUCAUGGAGGAGAAGCUGCAGAAGAAUUACGAGGCUUUGCUGGAGAGCUGUGAGAGGGAAAAGCAGGUUUUAAUACAGAGUCUGAAGGAGGUGGAAGAUAAGGCCAACGAGUACGAGAAUCAGCUGCAAAAUAGCGAGCAGCAAAUGGAAAUUCUGCAGAAGGAAAAGCUGAGUGCAAAGUUUGAGGGAAGCGAGCUUGUCCACCAGUUGGAGGAGCAGCUGCUGCUGAAGGAGGCCAGCAUCCAGAAACUGGGCGAGCACAUCAAGGAGCUCGAGAGGGAAAGAGAUCAGAUAAAAUGUCGGUUCCAUGAGCUCAUGAAUCAAGUUGCUGAGUCAGAUAAUGAGGUUGCAAAGCUGCAAGCCAAGUUGAAAAUGGAAGAGACCAACUACCACAAUCUGGAGCAGUCGUUUGAGGAGGUGUCAGAUCAGUUCCAGGGUGUGCAGAAAGUGCUGAAAGAAAAAGAGGAGGAGCUGAGGCAUGUUAAGGAAAUGCACUUGAGAAUUGUGGAGAAGAAAGAUCAAGAUCUCAGCGAGGCUUUGGUUAAAAUGGUUGCUUUGGAUAGCAGUUUAGAGGAGACUAAAGUAAGGCUAAAGGCCAAGGAGGAGGCUUUAAGGAAAUUAACCAGCGUAGGUGCGGAGCCGUGUGCUGAGGAGGCAGAAGAUGUUGGCUGCCAUCUGGAGGCUGACGAAAGUCACCCAUCUCAGCUGGGGCAGCCUCUGCCAACUCACAAUGCCCUCCCGGUUCUGACCUAUGCGCUGAAGGAGGAGGAGGAAGUCCUUGAGACCAGCCAAAGGCAAGCAGAGGAAUUUGACUCCCUUUCCAAAGCUGCGGAGCUCCAGGACCAAGAGUUGGCUCAGAAGGCCUUAGCAAAGCCCGAUGUAGGAAUCAUGGGGGCCAAGAGGCAGAGAAUCCGUUUCUCAAGCAUCCAGUGCCAAAAAUAUAUCCACCCGGACGGAUCGGAGAAGAACUGGACCAGCAGUACCUCUUCUGACACCAGCCAGGACAGGUCCUUGUCUGAGGAAAGCAUGUCUUCGGAGCCAGCUCCUGGCUAUCCAUCAUCAGCGGCAAGCGACUCCGAGACCUACCUCUCCAUCAUCCACUCUCUGGAAACCAAGCUGUAUAUUACAGAGGAAAAACUGAAAGAUGUAACCAUGAAGCUCGAGAGCCAGCACGGCCAUAACCAGGAGACUCUUAUUGCCCUGCACCACCAGUGGGCCAGCACAGAGUCUCAGCUGCGGGAGCAGCUCCAGAGCAGCUUAUCCCAAGUCAGCGCUCUUGUCUCGCAGCUGGAGAGCGAGAGGCAGGAGAAGCUCAAACUCAUAGAAAAUCACGUUAGCGAGCUGGGAGGUUUCCAGGUGAAAAACGAUCAAGCGCUGGCUUGCUUAGAGAAGUGCAGGGAGCAGCUAAGAUCUCUCCCCAAGUCAGAUAAGGAGCAAGAGAGCGAUUUGUUCCUCGUUACUCUAGCCAGCAUGGAAACAACCUUAUCGGGUGCAAUCCAGGCCUUGGGAGGGGCACCGGCCCCACCGGAGUGUCAGCAGAGUGAGGGCCUCAUGGCAGGGUCCCCUGCGUCCAGGGGGGGGGUGCUGGGUGAAGGGGAGCCCGUCUCUGAGGAGCAGCCAGCAGGGACUUUUGGUGCGGGCCAGUUGAAGUGGCUGUCUGAGAGAGUGGCCUUUGAGGCCUCUCUUAUCAGCCAGAUAGCAGAGUCUCUGAAAAAUGCAGGCUCUGAGAUAUCACAGCUUCUCAGGGAGAUCCAGGGGACGGCGGAGGUGGUUCUGAUAGAGCCGGCAAGUGCUUCUCACACAGCAGCUGACUUGGCCGGUGUCCUAUCUAAGAAGCUGCUGCUGGAAGGGGAGUUCUGGAGCCAGGUGGAGGAGCUGAGAGUGCACCUGAGCAGCAGGCAGGGAGAAGCAGAGGGCCAAACAGAACCAGCAGGUUUGGGCUUUUCUCCGUGUUUUCUUAGUGCUGUAGCAGAUGCUACAUUGAUCAAAGCAGAACUUGGGUUUGUGGCGCAGAAGAUGAGGGACUCUUUUCACCAGAGAUUAAAAAUGAUCGAAGAAGACCUCCAUAACACCAAAACAGCUCUCCAGCAGCACAAGUGCAUGUUGGAGGAAAUUCUCAAAGCUUACAGGACUCCUGAUUUUGACAGAGUUGUGCAUCAGAUUUCUGAAGCGCUUGAAAUUCAGAAAGAUGCUUCAGAAAGAGCCCAGAUCUCCUGGGACGGGAGCUGCCUCCAAAUGGGACCGUGCCAGGAGGGGGCCAAGGUGCAGGAGGUUCGUGGCCUACCAGGCCAUGGCAGUGGUGAAGCUCUUGUUUCCAUUCAGGAAGAUCUUGCCCAACAACUAAAAGACAAAUCCAAUGUUCUUAAGGAAAUCUCUGUUGCCUUACUUUCUCUGCCUCCUGAGGAGGCCAUGAGAGAUUGCCAGAAGCUCUUCAAGAUAUCUCAGAGCCUUUCAUAUCACUCGUGCAUGGGAGACCUGGAGCGCUACUCCUCUUUGUUAGUUCAGGAUGCAAUAGUUCAGGCUCAGGUUUGUUACGCUGCUUGCAAGGUCCGCCUGGAGUAUGAGAGAGAGCUGAAGUCGUACAAAGAGUCCUUGCAGAGCAUGGAUGCACUGUGCCAGGAGCGUGUGAAGACCGUCUCCCUGCUCCGGGAUGAGUACGAAGAGCUGCUGAGGAAGCAGCAGGGUGAGUACAGUGAGGUGAUCGCCAUGCUGGAGCGGGAGAACGCUGAUCUCAAAGCCAAGGUCUCCCAGCUCGAAGGUCAGCGGAGGCUUUUAGAAGAGGAGGAGCACAAACACAGCAAAACUUUGAGCGAGUUGCAGGGCCGCUACGAGGAGGAGAUUCGGAAUGUGAUUGAGCAGCUGAACAGGACGGAGGAUGCUCUGAAGGCUGAGAGGACGGAGGGCCUCAACCAGCUGGACGCCAUCGUCCGCGACAAGCAGGACAUGGAGCGCUACCACCUGGAGCAGAUGCAGAUGCUGGAGGACAAGUUCCAGGCCAAGAUCAAGGAGCUGCAGGCCAUUCACGGCGAGGAGCUGCAAGCUCUGCAGGAGCACUACAGCCAGAACCUGCAGCGCCUGCAGCACGCCCUUGACGAAUACCAGCAGCAGCACCCAGAUGCGGUCCCUGCGGUGGGGCCGGGCGGUGGGGAUGGCUGGGGGGCCGGGGAGCCGGGUGGCACCAGGCAGGGACCCAGCAGGGACCUGGACUCCAUGCACGGCCUGCGGGAACGCAUCCAGGAGCUGGAGGCCCAGAUGAACGUGAUGAGGGAUGAGCUGGAGAACAAGCACCUGGAGGGCAGCGCUUCCAUGCUGAGGGAAAAGUACCAGAAAGACUUUGAGAACCUAAAGGCAACAUGUGAGAGGGGCUUUGCAGCCAUGGAGGAGACACACCAGAAGAAGAUCGAGGACCUGCAGCGGCAGCACCAGCGGGAGCUGGAGAAGCUGCGGGAGGAGAAGGACCGCCUGCUGGCAGAGGAAACAGCUGCCACCAUUUCAGCCAUUGAAGCCAUGAAGAACGCGCACCGGGAGGAGUUGGAGCGAGAGCUGGAGAAGUCGCAGCGCUCACAGAUCAGCAGCGUUAACGCCGACAUCGAGGCCCUCCGGAGGCAGUAUCUGGAGGAGCUGCAGUCGGUGCAGCGGGAGCUGGAGGUGCUGUCAGAGCAGUAUUCACAGAAGUGCUUGGAGAACGCCCACCUGGCGCAGGCGCUGGAGGCUGAGAGGCAGGCCCUCCGCCAGUGCCAGCGGGAGAACCAGGAGCUCAACGCCCACAACCAGGAGCUGAAUAACCGCCUGGCUGCGGAGAUCACGCGGUUGCGGACCUUGCUGACCGGGGAGGGCGGAGGAGAGGCUGCUGGGUCGCCUCUCACCCGGGGCAAAGAUGCCUACGAGCUGGAGGUCCUGCUGAGGGUCAAAGAGUCAGAAAUCCAGUACCUGAAGCAGGAGAUCAGCUCUCUCAAAGACGAGCUGCAGACGGCACUGAGGGAUAAGAAAUACGCCAGCGACAAGUACAAAGACAUCUACACAGAGCUGAGCAUUGUGAAGGCCAAGGCAGACUGUGAUAUCAGCAGGUUGAAAGAGCAGCUGAAAGCAGCCACAGAAGCUCAGGGAGAGAAAUCCCCUGUGAACACCACUGUAUCGGGAUAUGAUAUUAUGAAAUCAAAAAGCAACCCUGAUUUCUUGAAGAAAGACAGAUCCAGUGUUAGCCGGCAACUAAGGAAUAUCAGGUCAAAGAGCCUGAAGGAAGGCCUGACCGUGCAAGAACGCCUGAAGCUUUUUGAAUCCAGGGACUUGAAGAACGACUAGCUCUCCCCGCUCCGCUUCACCACGCGCACCUCUCGGCUUGAGGCAGCACAGCACCAGCACCGUUCGUCCCACGCCGCUCACCGCCGUCCUCGCUGACGUUUGGCCCCACAGCUCCCUCACCACCCCCCUUUUCCCCACUUGUGAGACGCUUCUGAGACUCUUGAGAGGCAGAGGAAGGGAUUGGGCUGUGGGUUUUGUGGGUUAUUAUUAUUAUUAUUAUUUUUUUUUUUUUCCCCUCUUCAGCGCUUUGUAGGAGAACCCUUCCUUUACUGUAAACCAUUACACUAAGUGUCAGUAUUAAGGCUCAGUAGCCUGUGAAUAAGCUAGCUCCGUCGUACCAACGGCUUGGUAUGCACGCAGGGCUGGGUGGCGGGGGCCAUCCCUCUUACUACUGUCACGAGCCCCCAGUGCUCAGAGCACACCGGGAGCUUCAUUUGCCGUUGAUUGCGUCGACUGCAUCACUUGCACCUGCAAUAGGGGAAAGCCUGUGGGAUGCUGCCGGGGUGCCUGGAGGAGCCACACCUGGCUGGCAGAGGACACAGUGCCCGGGCACCAGCAUUGGGUAGGGGCUGCUGUGGGCACCUGGUGCGCAGGGGAGGGGGGGAAGCGUUCCUGGGGCCGAGCUGUGAGGUCACUUCUUGCCUCUCCUAGAUCCAGCCCAGCACUGGUUUGUUGUUUUUUUUUUGCUGUUACUCCCUUCCUCUCAUUGAGUCCCGUGUACGUUAGGGUCUGUGCGCAUGUGAAACUCCCUUUUCCUAGUCCAAGGAAAGUAGAGUAGAAAGUAGAGCCAAUAUUGACUGAAAAUGCACAGUGCUCAAUGCAUAUAAUGCUCCUUUUUUAUCAGCUUCUUGAACUCAACUCUUCCUGUCAGCAGGGCAGCUCCUAUUUUAAUUCGUUUAUCUUUUCCUGAAAUAAAAGUCUGAAAACCA